UUCGAUUCUACCUGCGAAAGUUCGUAUUGAAGAAAUGUGAAAUAUAUUCAUGUCAAGGCACCCUAAAGUUGGCGUAGCGGAUUACUGGAAGUGGAAAAUGUACCAUUUUUGUUGCACACAAUAAUGCAUCAACAUUAAAAUGACAACCUCGGUUAUUGAUGUCAUCAUUAUUGUAUCGACAAGAAAGAAAUUUAAAAUUGUAGAAAGAGUUUCGAAUUGCAAAUUUAGGUCAUACAAAGAAUGAUUUUAGAUGAUGGAGAAACGUGCUGAAUCACGAUCUUUCGUUUGACUGAAUGAAUAGUUUUCAAUGCAAAUACACUGAAAAUCGUUUUGAAAGUCUACAAAGUAAACCAAUUCCAUUAGUUCUACAAUUUAAAAAAAAAUAAAAAGCAUGGAAACACCGAAACAUUGAAGAAUGGUAUUUUAUUAUGAAUCACAAAUAAAAAAAUAUAUCUAUUUUAACUCUACUGAGUUUUGAACUCAGAUACUUUAGUUAACUUUCAGUAUUGUACCUUCUUGGUGUGGAUAUAUUAAAUAAAAAGAAAGUUUCACCGACUAAUUAAUUGAAAUAUGAGAUAUAUGCGAACAGUCUUCACAUAUUCAUAUUCAUAGAAUUCUAGGAUAUCUACCAACAAGAAAACUUUGGUAAAAUUACAAUUAUUCAUUGAUAUUCUAAAAUUUUGUGUUUACCAAGGUAAAAACAAAACUCAACAGGUUUUACUUCUUAUUUGAAUAUGACAGUAAGCGUGAUUUAACGGUGGUGGAGUAGAAGUAACUAUGGGAGUAAUGAGAGAUGAGAAGAUAUUGAAUAUGGCAAGAGAGGCAGCAAAUGGUGACUUAGCAGCUACAAAUGGGUGAAAGGCCCAGAUGUUGAUGAGAUAUCCCAACAUCCAUCACUACUCCACCUUCCUUUUAAUUGUUUGCCUCAUCUGCUGCAUGUGAAGAUGUGAAGUCAACCCCCUUUGUUAACCGACCUGAAAUCCCACCAUAUCUUUUGUGUAUUCAAAAUUUACCUUGGACACUUGAACACACAGUUUGGAAUUUCUACUCACUUCUUUUCUAUAUAUCAUACACUACCAAUUCCCCAAAAGUUGCAGGAUCCUCUCUUCUUUUCUACUUAUUAAAACCUUAAUCUUUGCUAAGUUUACUUUAAGACAUUUUAAUUUCAGGUUUUGCUUUUGUCUGAAAUUUCUUCUCCAAAUCUACAGCUUACAAGAGACCCCAUUAUAAUUUGUGUUUACCCAGAGUACAAAAUACACAAUUACUUGGAUAAUUCAUAUAACUUCUAUGGAAAACAUCACUGAAUGGCUGUCAUCUACCUUAGAGUUAAGGUACCCAACAGCAGAAAUGCAUAAUGUUCCUAAUAUUGAGCAUUACAACUUUUCUCCUGUUCAACAAAUGUUAGGCUUGUGUCCUGCAGAAGAUUGUGAGGUGGAGGUAAAUUAUUCUAAGUCUGAUUGUCAAGCAGAAGGAUGUCAUUUGAAUUUUGAAGAUCUGCCAUCAAAGAAUGUGUCUUCUUGUUCACCAAAAUUAUUCUCUAUGAAAUCUGAUGUAGAUAUACCAUCAUCAAGUUCAUAUAAUGCCGAAAGUUCUCUAAAUGUAAAUGGUUGUUAUGGUUCUAAUCCAGUAAAUGAUGAUAAUAUUGGCUCAUUAGAUAUUAAUGUGAACUAUUUUAAUGAUGUGUCUUUGUUUAAUACAUCAAAUAAAAGGACUAAUGAAAAAAGUGACAUUAUCGGCAAAGAAAGCUUACAUUCUGGAAAUGUUCAAUAUCAGAAUUUGAAUAAAUGUCUUCAUAAAUGUCUUUAUGAUAAAAUGGUACCAUUACCAUCAAAUAAAACUCCUGCAGCCAUUAAUUCUAAAGGUGUUCUUACUAUACCUCCUUUAAUGCAUACAGUUAGUCUUACCAAUUCUUCUGAGAAUCUGAGUAGAUCUUUUCAUGAUGGAGUGGUUUUUAAGCCCAGCAGAUACUUGCCAUAUUCAGCAAGAAAUAUCUAUAAGAAAAACACUCUGGAAAAAAUUCCUGAAAGGGUUCCAGUUUCAAUCAAAGCACGAAAUGCCAAAUUUCUUUGUAGUGAGAAAGAUUUACGAAGUUGGACAGUUCGAGAGUUAUUAGAAACUUGUGAGACAAUUCAAGAAAAUACAGUAAAUAAAGAAGCCUUUUCUGAUGGAAGAAUGAUGACUGGUUUGAAAUCAGCUUCAAAUUGCAACCAAUCGAAUGCUCAAGAAUCAUUUCCAGUUCCAUUUAUUAUAAAUAAUCAGUCAGAAUUUUGUGAAGAAAAUUUAUUCAAAAUAAAUUCUAAAAAUUUCGAUGAAAUGAACAACAGAAAUGUGUUAUCUUCAGGAAUAAAUUCAGUAGACCCAACACUCCCAGAGACAUCACCAUUUGAUUAUGAAUUUUCAAAUCCCAAGGAUAACCCUGAGAGACUGUUUCCUAUGCAGAAUUUUGAAGAUUUUGGUUCUCUUUCAAAUGUUUCUGUAAAAAUCUACCAACCCACAUCAGAUUAUCAAAAGUUUAUGAAAUCCAAACAUGUUUGUGAAAAGAAAAUCCCUCGACCAAAGCAUUUUGAUUUCAGCUUUUUACAAAUCAGAAACUUUAAGUAUUUUUGCAAAGAUGGUAAUUUCAAAAGAAUAGCCAAAUUGAAAGUAAUUUUUAGUAAAAAGAAAUUGGUGUACGAGUUCCAAGUGGGAGAAACAGCUGAUUCCUCUGGCAGUUAUACAAAACACCUAGCAAUCAUUGAAGUUGAUUUCCACACCAUUGUGGCAAUAUGGGGCCAAGAAGAUAAAUUCCGUCUCCAAGUAAAAGUUCCUCCUCAUAUGUAUGUGGGUACCCGCUUUUGUAAGAAGAACCAAAAUAGUUCUGUCCAAAAUGUUCAAUAUGACCGUUGUCAUACAACAGACCUCACUUGUGGGGAAUUGUAUCGGAUACCUUUCCAUUAUAUCCAGUUACGUUCCAUGUCUGUGAACAAUUUGUUAGCUUGUCUUUCACAGUUCAGUCCACAAUUUGAAUUAAUGUUGCGAUGUCCAUUUAUAGAAACUUUCAUGAAAAUGCUUCCUCAACAGAGGUCAGAAGCCUCUAAUUACAUUCCAGGCUGCUAUAAUGAAGUACUUUCUUCUACCUGCCAAAAUUCUCAAAAUCAAUAUGUUGAAUUUUCUGAACAUAUGUCAGAAUGCUCCCAAAAUAUGGAUUCUUCCAAAAGUAGCUGCAAGAUGUGCUCUACCAUGGUUAAAUCCUUUGAUGAUGUCUAAUGUGAAAUCAGAAAUAUCCUCAUUUCUUUAAGAUUAUUAUUUACAUUAAGCAUCAGAUGGUAUCUAUAUACACACCAGUUAUUGUUUUGCGGUAAACAAAGACUACCAUUCAUUAUGAAAUAUAAAAAGAUUGGUUCUGUUGUUCAUUUUCCAAAUUAAAAAAUCAGAAUAUUUGGGUAUUAUUUUUUUCUUUACAAAAACAAAGUAAAUAUCACUGCUUAAUUAGUAAAAUUUUAUUAUCUUGCAAGGACAAGAAUGAAAUAUUAUUGUCAGACAUUUGAUGAAAAACUGUAAUAUUGUUUGAAACUGUGUUUAUAUCUGAAUUUACCAAUUUGUUGUUGACAGAUUCUUUGCCA